UGACAACAAAGAGAAGAAAGUGGCUAGCUGUUGGUUGAACUGGUGGACAGUAUCUGGCCGAGUAUAGUCCGCUAAACAAGGCGAGCCCUUGGGACAGUAUGUCCAAGUACAUAAAGAAAGCAAGAAGCAUUGCCCGUGAGACUAGUCACCAAAUUCACCACGUCAGGGACGACAUUACGAAAAAGCAACUGCAGAAGGAGAGAGACAAGAUUCCAGCACACGCACGCGUCAACAAUGCAACGUAUAAAUUCAGUGACAUAGGGAAAUGGCUCGAUAAAGACCUCGACGAUGAAGAUGAUGAUUUCUUUUCGUCUCUUAACAGUCAAACAGAUAGCGGCAACCAAGAGCAACUCAAGUCAGACACAGAUCAUCCUCAAGGAUCUUCGUUGCAAUCAUCUUCAACGUCCCUCCCACCUCCUCCUUCCUCCAUUUUCGAUGAUGACUUGUUUGGGGAUGAAAUAACUAGCGGAGAUCCAUUAGGACUCACUGAGUCAAAACCAGAUGAUUUAUUUCCUGAUGACAAGCAGCAAGAAGAAGACCUAGUAGUAAAGGUUAGGGAAACUGACAAUACUCAUUCACAGGAAACCACUUUGAACCCUAUGGAGGAGGAGGAGGAGAGAGAGAUACCAAAUGAAAAUGGUGACAUUGUAAAAGAUAGCACAGCCUCUGCUUUUAGUGUAGUACAAAAUACAGAGUUGCCAAUGACACAGGAACUAGCUACUACAAAUGAUUCUAUGAUGGAAGAAAAUGCUGUAGGAUUCACUGAUGGUGACAAGAAUGAAGAGAUUGAGGAAUGUGGUCUGCUGGGGAAAUAUUUACCUAACAAAAGUGAUGAAGAAACUCAGCCAUUUCAUUCAUCAUCAAGUCAUAACUCAGUUACUGAUCCAGACCAGUCCAAUAAUGAUGAUAAUGAUGACACUAACAUUAUCAUUAUUGAUGGUGUGACUAAUGGCGACAAAUCAACCACAGCAACUCAACAAGAUGAAGAAACAUUGAUAGAAGAUGAUUCAUUAAACACUUCUUCCUCCACUAAGUGUGAAGAAGAUGACAUUAAUGACGAACUGUUCAAGUCUUUUACGACACCAAUGGCUGCUAUGAAAUUACAACAACAAGAGGAGGAGGAGAGAAGCCAUGAUGAUGAUGAUGAUGAACUGUUUAAAUCUUUCAGCAUUGCUGAAGCUGAUAAACUGCAUAAAGAAACUAAAACUAGUACUGAUCCUGCUAAUGAUACUGAUAGUAAACCUGUUGAACCUGUUGUGCUUGGUACAUUAGAAAUGACAGAGGAUCACCCUUUAAUGCAUUUAAGCGACGAUUAUGAUGACCCAUACUCAACAACAGCCACUCCCAUUACAAUACCGCCCCCGUCACUCACUCCUCCACUAACCUCACUCUCUCCCUCACCAAACUCACACCCACCCCCUCCUUUAAUUAAUAGUUCACCCGAGAACACCACCUGGUCUCCUAAAGGCUCCAAACGUCCUAGACCAGUAGUACCUCCAAGACCGGCCAUGACUAAUCGCUACAGUGUGGAGUCCAGUACAGCUGGAGUGUUCUCUUCUGAUAGUGAGGCCAAUCGAUCGUUGGAAUUCAUACCAACUAAAAGAAAAAGAGGAGGUCUACCAAUAGUGAGUAUUACCAGCAAAGAGACCAUGAUACCGCCACUGCCUCCUCCUUCUCCACCUGCUGGAGAGAGCACAAUGCCCCUCUCCCUCUCUUUGGCAACCUUUUGUCUUUAUCUUUAUUACACGUUAAACCCGUUUGUGUACCUGGCCGGAUUUCUUGCUGGGUUCUUAUUGUUUUAUGUUGUGUUUGGUUCGGCUUUCGUCCUGUACGUCCAGUACUCUGAGAGAGAGAAGGAGAGACGUGCUGCCUCUAAAACCAGUAAAGAUAGACUCGAGACGCUGCCUAGCUUGGACCAGCUCCCGAAAACUAUUGAAGUUGAUUUUGAAAAGAAAAGAGAAUUGAAGAGUAAUGCCUUUGGUUUGGUUCAUCAAUAUCAUCCUUCCAAGCACCAUCCUAGUCAAAGGCACAUAACAAGAGUACGACUUUACGACGACUUUCAUCUUGAGCUGCACUACAGGAAACUGAUACACACGCCUCACGAUGGACCUGUAACUCGUAACGACACAAUCAAGAAAGAUUUAAGAGAGUGUUCGAUACUCCUGGUACCAGAGGAAGUUGCUCUUAACAGGAAGAGAAGGUGGAGCAAGAAGUUUCCAAUAUGUGUCCAGUGGCCUGAUGAUAGAAAAGAAGGACACGUGUUUCUAUUUACGAGUACCUCACGGGAAAAGGAGGAGUGGUUUCGAAGGCUACGAGCAGCUUCUGAGAAUAAAUCCUACGACCAGCUGAUAAAGGAUUGCAGUGCAUUCUACCGAUACAUGGGCUGCUACAUGCCAGAAGGUACGGGGCAAUCGCCUUUACUAGCAAGAACCAGGCCGCAAUCACAGAAUAUACAGUCAACAGCUUCUACUAGGAAUCAGAGAAAAGGCAGACAGACUCACCAGCACCACGGAGGAGCCACGGGCAACAAUAAAACAGGAGGAAUUGGAGCUGGUUCAAAGACUGAGUCCGUUCAUUUCUCAAUGUCGGCUGAUUCCGAACAAGAUGACGCCGAUGAUAGUACACUAGCUGUUAGUAUUACUCAAAGAAACCAAUCAACCUCACCUGCUUCCAUUAGAUCCGCUACUGGGACCUCCUCUCUCUCCUCUCAGAGGAAUGGCUACUCUCGUCCUUCUAGUGGGGAUCAAACCUCUAUCCUCCUCCCCCUGAGUAUUUCCAUUGGUUGGAUUAACGCUGGGAUGGCUCGUUUAGCCUGGGACCUGUGGCACGAGGAGCGCUGGAAGAACUGGGUAACCUCUCGGAUACAGCGGAAACUGAUACGCAUUAAAACCCCGUCAUUCCUCGAGGAACUGAAAGUAACAGAAGUUACGAUGGGAAUGGACAUGCCUAUCAUUAGGAAACCAUUCAAACUACCCAAACUGAACCAAAACGGGAUCUGGAUAUACCUUGAAGUCACGUACAACGGGUCUUUUACAAUGACGAUUGAGACAAAGUUAAAAUUAGGUCCCCGGGGGGCUACCCCGGAAUCAGUUCCACUCCAUCAAUUCAAUCAGUUUCCUUCGUUAGGUGAGGGGGCAGGAUAUCACCACCAUAAAAGGAUAAGACGACACAAAGUGGGCGGAGAAGGGGAGGAGGAAGAGGAGGAGAUUAGCAGCGGGUCAGAUGAGGAGGGAGAGGAAGACGAAGAGAGGAGCAGCUCUUAUUCUCACUCUACAGAAGAGAAGGACAUGGAGUCACAGCAACAGACUUUAACCCCUCAUCCUGGUACUACUGAUACAACUAGUGGUCCUCCAGGUCGUAAGGAAAAGAUACUUAACAACAUGGUGUCUCGGUUCCAGAAGAUAGCGGCAAAGUCUCGCAUAGUUGCCAAAGCAGCGGAGAAGGUAUCCAGUUACCCACUGGUCCUCACCAAUCCUGCUGUCCGUAUUGUCAGCUCUCAGCCGCUGGCUCAAGAGUAUCAUACAAACCCAGCUGCUACUCAUUACCCCAGUGACAACUUCUUCACGCUCUCUGUCUUCCUUGCAUUCUUCUGGUGCAUAUUUGGCUCAUGUGGCCUUUGUUGUGUCAUACCAGCAAUUGUUUAUGCUGUCCAUGCAAGAGAGGCAGAGAUGCGAGGGGACAUGGUUGCAAUGAGGUCCAAGCGUCAGGCUGCACUUGCUUUGAACAUCAUUGGAUCUAUUGUUGGUCUGAUUACACUGGGCCUCACCAUUGCUUGGUAUGUCAUGUCUUAUCGAUAUGAAGUCCAUCAUGCUGAAGAUGGAACUCCAACACCUACUACAUAUUAG